AUGCCUCUGCCUUCACCUACGCCCAUAAGUUCCCCUUAUUCGAUCACGCCCAUACCCACACCUAUUAUCACGCCCACUCAUACCCCCAUACCCGCUUCCACGCCCAAACCUGCUAUCACGCCCAUACCCGUUAUCACACCCAUACCCACGCCCAUAAACACACCCACCCAUACACCCAUACCCACUAUCACGCCCAUAUCUCCUCCUACGCCCACGCCAUUCACGAUAUCCGAAGUUUACAACGUCUCUCUGACCUUCACUCGGAAAUACCUCGCCCACACGUCGCUCCGGCCGGCGAACAUGACUCUCAAAGAACUUCAGGAACAUUUAAGAACGUUCUUCAAGCGCCUGGAUGUUAUGUCGCUCGCCACCGCCCUCGUUGGGAAGAAUGUGGGCGUAGUCACGACAGUCGAGCACGCCCAUGCUCUCUACAAUCUUCUCGAUUUGUUCAGCGCUCUCGCCCUGGUCAGGCAGGCGUACUUAGAGGAGGUAAUGACCCGCUUCCAGGACGAGGCGCGACGUUACCCCAGCAUUCCCGGACGUCAAAUGAACCCACUGGCUUUCCUCAUCCACGGAUUUCGACGUCAUAGGGUCAAGCUCGAGAGGGAGUUGGAAGCGUUUUAUAGGGAGAUGCUGGUACCAACCCCUGCCAACAUGUACUUCGUUGCCAACUUCCAACCCAAAGGACAGCCAUCUCUGGAAGCUGUCAUGAAAAAUCUGGAAGUUGAUUCGCCGUUUAUGCAAAUGAACAACAGCUGGUAUAUUCUCCGUCCAGCCGACCAGCCUUCACUCCAGCUGGCGCUUAGACAAGAAAACCAUCUUUGGGUGCUCUGCCUCACUAAUUCGACAAGUGAGCCAGCUGGUGUCGUCGAGGAGGAGGCAACGAUAGAGCGAAUUAUCGAACCAUCUGCACGGUUAUUGGGUGAUUCACCUGUUCACCUGUCGGUUAAACCACCUGGCCCAGGAGAGCACGAACCACCUGGCCGCUUGUUGGGUAAUUCGCCUGUUCACCCAUCUGCAAAACCACCUGGCACCUCCCUUAGAUCACCUGGAUAUUACCGAAAUGAUGAGCCCGUUAGAGGCGAACCAUCUGUCGGCGAGAUAAAGCGACCAUCUGUCAUCGUUAAAUCUUCAAGAUCCUUCAGUUUCUCCUUCCAAGCGGUCAAUGGCAGGUUCGGCUCCACGCAUUACCGUCUUGUUAGUGCUGAUCUGCCGGACGGAAUCCAACUUAUCGUACCCAAUUCUCUCGGUGCUGCCAGGCGUACGAGGAAGUUAUUCUUCGAUUCGAGGCAAUUGAACCACAGAGGAUUGGGCUUUGACGUCAUAAAGAUGGCCGGGGAGGACCGUGGCCGCUACGUCAUGGUCCACAAAGCGAAAGACUGUGUGAUGUUCCUAAGCUUCCGCGGAGAGCACUCAGGCCCAGGCAUUCCCGAGCUGGUCUUUAACCCGCAGUACCCAGGAAGCUCCGCCCACUGGCUCCUUCAGCCCACGCCACGCCCACUGUGACGUCAUGCAGACCAUGUGAUGAUGACGCAGUGAUUAUUAUGGAAAGGGAUGAGAACAGAAUGGUUUUAAUAUUGUGCAUGAAUAUUUAUGAUUAGAAAUGCGAAAUAUAUGAUGAUUUGAAUUAUCUAUGUAGAUGAUUUUGGUAGAAAUAACAUCAACAGUUUCUACUGCUCCUACUACUAGA